AAGACAAAACUCUGUGUAACAUCGGUGGCGGUUAAAGGAAUGAAAACGGAGGCCAAAUUGUCGAUGCUAACAACCGUAAAAAAAUCAGCGACAAAUUCCUUUUAUCUUUUCCUUAUCUUAACAUUUAUUUAUUUAUUUAAUAAACGGUUAUUUAUUGUAUAUAUUUGACGUUUUUAAACCCCCACGUUACUCACCAUCGCCUUUCAUAAAAAGUUGCCGAGGUUGAAAUCCUAGCAUUCAUUGGCUCACAUGGCAACCCCAAUAUCAGCCCUGAUGGAGAAGCAGGAGCUGAGGGCAAGGUGGAUGUUUGAGCCGUCAGUGAACAGCCACAGACCUGCCUCAGCCAAAUCACAGGACAUUUCAUAUAUCUUCGCGAACACUUUCAAAAAGAUUUACACCCAAGAUGUCAUUGGUAAAGACACUUUGGCCAACCUCGUCAAGACCAAGAGUGGACGAAGCAGCUUCCAUGCCAAAUAUGUGGAAGAACUCCAACGGGUUCAUUCUGAGUAUGACAGUCAAAUCCAGGAGGCGGACAUGCUGGAGAAUCAUAUUAUCCAAGCUAGAGCACAAGCUGCAGUCAAAGAAAGUCAGGCCUGUGAGAGAAGCAGAGGAGACAUAUGUGAUGACAAGGGCUUACUAACAGUCCAGUCAGCCUUUUCUUGGUGUGUUGACAAUGAUCUCCUAAAGAUGAACAACCUGAUUUGCCCCCGUGACUACAUCCCUUCACUGAAAACACCGUGUCCAGCACCAUCACCAGUUAAAUUGGAUCCUGCCAAACCCACUCUCUGCUACUCCAUGCAUGUGUCCAAGGAGCCUCGGGAUGAUGGUUACUUACUGGUACACAGUCCGGACAGAGAUGAUGUUGAUUUGAAUGAGGUAGACAAUGCCAUGAUGGUCAGUUCCAGUUCAGUGACUCUAAAGAAAAGGGCUCUCCACAAGGAGAAACAAGAUGAGGUCAAACCCAAACCCUCGUGGAAAGGGCAGCCAAGUGUAAAGGACAAGAUGGAGGCUUGGGAGAAACUGAAAAAAAUGAAAGAUCGACAAAACAUUCUCUGUAAUCCUCACUUUCUUCCUCCAAUUGCGCAGCCUGGGGGCAAGUCGCUCAUACAGCCCAUGACCAGAGUGGCAACGACAGAGCGUGAGGGCAGAGACAUGGAUGGACAAAGCUCCACUGAAGACGGUGUUCCAGUCUUCAUAGCAAAUCCUCCUGUGGUGGUUUUUGCAGAGUACACCGUGGGUCAGGUCUAUGAAACAACAUUAGAGUUAAAAAAUAUGACAUCUGCAAGUCGUCAUGUCCGGGUCAUUCCCCCAACCACACCGCACUUCUCCAUUGGCCUAGGAAGAUUCCCAGGAGAGGGCGGCGUUGUUGCCCCUGGAAUGAGCUGCAAAUAUGCCAUUCGCUUUGCUCCAGACUCACUCGCAGAUUACAGUGACUUCAUAGUGGUGGAGACUCAAUCUGAACACCAGCUUGUAGUGCCUGUCUUAGGUAGACGGCCUCCUCCAAUACUGACAUUACCAAGAGUUCUGGACUGUGGUUACUGCCUGAUUGGAGGAGUCAAGUUUGUCGAGUUUCUGUGCCAAAAUGUUGGACUCAGUGCUGGGACGUUCACCAUAAUGCCAAAAAACCAGUGGCCAACCACAAACCUCAGGUCUGUGACUAAAACAUAUUCUUCUGAGGAGCCUCCUUUUGCAAUCAGCCCGUCUCUUUUUGCACUGCAGCCAGGAGAAGCCACUGUAGUAGAGGUUGUUUUCUUUCCCACCGCAGCGGAAAGAAUCUCCAAGGAUUUUACCAUCAUCUGUGACAACUGCCAAGUUAAAGACAUUUCCAUUGAAGGUGAGGGACAGCUGAUUGCUCUGGAGCUGGUGUCUGUUUCUGGGGAAAAUGAGCUUCCUGUUAUUGGGGAGGUGCACGACCUGACAGCGCAGCACUGUGUCCGCUUCAGCUCCUGUAACCCUCACUCUGUACAGCAGAAAAAAAUCACCAUCAGAAACAAUGUUCACGUAGAGCUGCCUUUCCACUGGGAGAUCAUGAAACCCAACCUCCACCUUCGGCUUCCAGAAGAAACACCUGUGCCUUCUAACAUCCAGUUCCACCCAGCCGUGGAUGAUGCCUUCAGUGUCAGCCCUGUAUCAGGUCUUCUGGCCCCACAUCAGGACAUGGAGCUCUUGUUUACCUUCAGACCUAAAGAGUUGAGGGAUUACCACAGCGUCUGUCAUUUAGUCUUGAAGGAUGUUCCCCAGCUGCCACAGCAGGACAGUGGAACCAGUGUUCCACAGCCUGCUCACACUGGCUCCAAGCUCAGCGACUUUAUUGCGAUGCAGAUCGAGGUCAUGGGUUCAACAGAACCAUACCAGGUCCACCUGGAGCCCUACGCCCUUGUUAUACCAGGAGACAUUUUCAUUUGCACCACCACCCGCAGGCAGUUUAAGAUGUGGAACAAGAGCAAGAACUUCGUCCGUUUUCAGUGGGAAAGGAUAGACUGUAGCAGUCACAUCAUAGAAGUACAGCCCCCUACAGGCAGAAUAGGAGAAAAUGAAUGUUUUAAUUUUGAUCUAAUUGUGACUGGAGGGAAACCUGGGAAGGUGGUGACCAGUCUGGUUUGCCAUAUUCAGCACCACAGCGAACCCGUCAGCUUGUUCUUUGAAGUUUCAUUUAAGGGUCCAACUGUGACCAUCAAUGCCCCCAGUGUGGACUUUGGGCUCAUCCAGGUCGGAGACAAGGUCCACAAGACACUGCUCCUCAGCAAUACAAGUCACCUGGACACAUCCUGGACAAUUAUGGGUGUUAAAGGGAGAGAAGACGCCUCAGAGGUGUCAGUGAAGCCGUAUGAAGGUGUGCUUCCUCCCUUUGCCUCCUGCAGUGUGGACGUGACAUUCAGCUCACACUACUGCCAGCAUUUUGAAACUAAUUUGGAACUGAAUGUGAAGAAUGGGACAGGAUGUCACCUGUCGGUCCGAGCAGACGUGCAGUCUCCUCAGGUCUGUCUGCUCAGCUGUGAGCUGAUCUUCUCUGAACUCUACGUUGAAAUUCCUACCAAGGGAACUGUCAAACUUUUCAACCAGACCCUGCUGCCCUCACACUUCAAAUGGAUGGCUCAGCUUCAGGGUAAACAGGCGUCACUGUGCACGACCAGCUUUGACCCCCCGUCUGGUACUCUGGGACCAAAUGCGUGCAUUGAGGUCACAGUUAACUUCACAGCUCACACAGAUAUGAAGCUGACUGAAGUCGCUGCCCUCUGUGAGGUCCAGGGCAUGAACUCUCCUCUUGUUCUUCGCAUCUUGGUUCCAGAUCCCAGGACACUAAGUGUGUCUUAUUUGUUACCAGAUGUCAGCUCAGCUCAAGACACAGGACGCCCUUCAACACUGCAGCUAGACUUUGGGCAAGAUGUGAUUUUGAAGAAACCUGUUAUGAAGCAGAUAAUGAUAACCAAUCAAACGGCAAUUCCAGCCCCAUUCACCAUAGAGGCAGAAUAUUUCACAUGUCCUGCUUCAACACCACAGAAACACAAAGAACUACUGGAAAACAGAUUUGCAUAUGUGAAAAAGCCACGUCACUCCAUACAAGCGAAGAAAGUGGACGAUAAGGCUCAUGAAGACUUUGUUAACACACUCCUGGCUCAUGGAAAAGGUGCAGCUUUCUAUGUCCUGCCCAACUCUGGGACACUGGCAGCGUUCGAGACCAAGACUGUAGAAGUGACAGCCUACACUGACAUGUGGGGCGAAUACAGGGACCAUCUUAUUUGUAAAGUGGGGGAUCUGGAGCCACAGCUCAUUUCCAUUCAAAUGACAGUGAAGGGAUGUCCACUCUACUUCCAGAUGACCGGCCCACGAACCGAUGACCAGAACCAGGGGCCGAUCAUACAGUUUGGCAGGCAUGUAUCUGGAGCAGACACAGUCUCCCGUUCACUCCGCAUCAACAAUCCCACGUUGACUGAUAUCCGUGUGGACUGGGAGAUUUAUAACAUCGAUCCAUUGAGCACUAAAGUGCUGGAUGUUUUGGUGACGUAUGGGGAAGCCUUUCCACUCAAAGAUGCCGAUGGGAACGAGGUGAUGGCUGAAGCCUUGAGCUUCUCUGACGGUGACGUUCAGACGCCUUGGCAAAGGAAUUCAGAUUAUGAGAGAACAAGCUUCUCUCGCCAAACUCAGAGUGACAGUGAUGAGGAAGGAUCCAACGCCAUAGAAGAAAGUGACACAACGGAAGAAAGUUUUGAUACUUUUCCUGAUGAAGAAAAUCUCAUCUCUGUUCACAUCCGACCUCAUGUGGGCAACCGUUCAGAUUAUCCUUUCUGCAUCACUCCUCAGCAAUUAGUAAUUCCAGCCCAAGGCAGCAGCAUGAUCCAUGUUUCUUUUACUCCUCUGACUCUCUGUGGGAAUGUUUGUGAGUCCAAAUGUGAGGGUUUAGCCCUGGGCUUCAUGAGUCUGGAUUCCAAGUCUGCUGCCUGUCUCCCUGGUAAAGUUAGACGAGCUCAGGGUUUAGAUCUGGAGCCCCUCAGGUUGGAUCUAAUCGCCGCCGUAAAGCCUGCAGGACUGUUGGUGCAGAUGGAUGAAGACGACGGUGUGCUCGACUUUUAUGCCUCUGCUGGUGAUUUACUGAGAGCAGAAUCAGAGAAGGAGCAGGUUUGUGUUCAGGACUUUGACGUCACACGGACUCUGCAGCUUCUAAACAGUUCGGAGAUGAUCGUGCAUUUCAAGCUGAAGACUCAGCCUCCGUUCAUGGUGAUCAAGCCAAAUCCCAGAGUCAGGAGCAGCACUUCGAGCAACUCCAGAUCUGCUGAGAGCGAGUUUCUGGUGCUGCAGCAACAAAAAAGUGUGCAGGUGAAAUUGGCUUUCCGCUGUUCUCUGUCGCUUCUGGACCACAUGGCCCAGGUAGACAAGGGCGUCUUACCCGGUGUGAGGCUGAUCCAGCAUGUGAGCGGAGAGAGGAGUUUGAGGUUUGAGCAAAACCUCCUGAUACAGUACAUCAACAACAGCCUGCAGACUGUUCCUCUCCGAGCCAACCUGACUAUUCCUACUCUUCGUCUGUCCAAGGAGCAUAUCGACUUUGGGUUCUGUUAUGUAGGGCGCACGCGGACAAUCGAAGUAAAUCUCUACUGCUGUGGAGCUCACACAUACUGGAAAUCUGUCGUUGAGUCAUAUGGACGUGACCCCGAUGUCUUCACUGUGACCCCACCCUCUGGGCUUCUCCGGCCGAAGGAACCGAAUGUGAACACUUGCAGCCUUUGUUUAGAAAUCAACUUCACUCCCAGAGAGGACAGAGAGUUCAGAGCCACGGUCCUGAUCCAGUCUCCUCUGUUGAAGAAUCCUCUCAGUAUGCAGGUCCAUGGUGCGGGUUGUUUUGAUGAAGCCUACAUAGCCACCUAGAAGUUCCUGCUGCACGGUCUUCACCUGCUGUGCUCGACACUGUCAGUAUCUACACCUCAGUAAUUCUUUCUAAUACAAUAGUUAUUAUGUGUUUGAAUGAUGGGACUGUAUAUCAGGAAUGGUCAGAACUGUCCGGCUAAACCAAAGGUGUUAACGACUGUAUUUGUUUUAAUGAGACACAUGUCUCAAACAAGUAGACAAGUCUGGUGCCAUCCAAUAAAUAAAAAUACUGGCUUUUAUUUUGGUCUUAGAGCAAAGAGUUGUUUAAGUCAUUCAUUAUAUUUUUUACGAGUUUAUAUAAUAAAGGCAGAAUAAUUCAUUUUCUGGGUUAAACUAAUAACUACCUGAUUAAUGACAAAAAUAAACUGUUUACUCCUUUA